AUGGGGCAGACGGUUCGGAGAACAGCGUCAAAUGGUGCGGGUGGAGGUUCGCUGUUGACCAUGCCCGGACUCACGGCCUUCAACGCCACCCACGAGGCAGAACGGCGGCAGCAGCUGGAGGGUAUGUUUGAGGGUGUGAUACAAAGGGGGUGAGAUAGCACGUCGGACCACCCACGUGUGAUGGUAAAUGAAGGGGUUUGUUAUACUGCCCCGCACAUACCAUGGCACGCCACCUACCGUAAUGUAAUACUGCGAGAUGUGGUAAACAGACGGGGCUCAACGGAGGUGACGAAACGCUUGAGCACAUGACCUCGACGAUGUGUUACCCGCUCAACGCCAAAGAAAGUUUCAAACAAAAACGGACUUGAAUGGAGCAGAGGAAAACGAAAAACAAGUGCUAGGAUCGAGGGCGCCCGCGCCCCGCGGCGCUGCGGCGUGUAAGGUGUCGCCUGGGAGCUAGGUAUACGUUAUGACCCAGGAACGGCGGGGACAAGAACCAAAAAUGAUAACGGGUCCAUCUACCAAGCAGCAUCCGUGUUUCUAUCAUGAUUGCAGGAUCAAAAACUAAAAACACAAAAAUCAAAGGUACCUCGCCCGAUACAUUGCCAGGCGAUCGCCACAGAGUGGCCAUUCCGUCCUACCCCCUCACAAACAAGUACCUAGUAGGCCGCUGCUACCUACCUUGCUACGUCACCACGAUAAAAAAAAAUCAAGACCACUAACCACUACCGCAAACAACACUACGUUGCACUCGACGCGUCGAAGAAAACACACGACGAAGAGAAACGCACGCCAGGAGAAAUGCGAGGGAACAUGAGAAGGACACCGCA